AUGGGCUGCACACAAUCUACUGGCAUGGACGACGAGGGCAAAGCCCGCAACGACGAGAUCGAGUCCCAACUCAAAAAGGACCGUAUGAACGCCAAGAAUGAGAUUAAGAUGCUGCUACUUGGUGCUGGAGAGUCUGGCAAGUCAACGGUGCUCAAGCAAAUGAAGCUUAUUCACCAUGGCGGAUACAACAACCAGGAGAGAGAGUCAUACAAAGAGAUCAUCUUCUCCAACACGCUCCAGUCCAUGCGUGCGAUUCUGGAGGCCAUGCCGGCGCUUGACUUGCAACUACAGCCUCAAAAUGACGCCCGUCGGGGCAUUGUCAUGGCGCUUCCAGGACAAAUGGAAACCGACUCGCUUCCGCCUGACGUAGCUGACUCCCUCUUGAAUCUCUGGCAAGAUCCCGGCGUUCGCGAGGCUGUCAGGCGAAGCCGUGAGUUCCAACUAAACGAUUCGGCCACAUAUUACUUCAACUCCCUGGAGCGUAUGUCGUCGGCAGCGUACUUGCCCACGGAUCAAGAUAUACUACGAUCUCGUGUCAAAACGACUGGUAUCACGGAGACAACGUUCCGUGUUGGGGAGCUCACGUACAAACUCUUUGAUGUGGGCGGUCAGCGAAGUGAACGUAAAAAGUGGAUUCACUGUUUCGAGAAUGUUACCGCGCUCGUCUUCCUGGUCUCGCUGAGCGAGUACGACCAGAUGCUGUACGAAGACGAGAGUGUCAAUCGUAUGCAAGAAGCGUUGACGUUGUUCGACUCGAUUUGCAAUUCAAGGUGGUUCGUCAAGACCUCUAUCAUUCUCUUUUUGAACAAGAUUGACUUGUUCGCAGAGAAGUUACCCCAUUCGCCAAUGGCUGACUACUUCCCUGACUACACUGGUGGGGACAAUUAUGCGGCUUGCGACUAUUUGUUGCAUCGGUUUGUCUCUCUGAAUCAGAGCGCCGCCUCGAAACAGAUCUACGCCCACUAUACUUGUGCGACAGACACUCAACAAAUCAAAUUUGUGUUGAGCGCUAUCCAGGAUAUUCUGCUGCAAAUACAUCUACGUGAAUGUGGUCUCCUCUAA